CCGCGCUGUCAGGACCCAAAUUAACGCUGAACUGGAUGUAGAUUUCUCGUGACGCGCCUGACUGGAAAAGAAAAAACUGCAAAUGCAACUUCAUUCAGAAUAAUCAGCAGCAAGUGCACUAAAGGACAGUUGGGAUUCGUGUCAUGUACCGGAGGCAAGUAUGAAACGAUAGCUGCUUUUUCUAAUGCCCUGUCUGUAGUAUUGGGCUGUAAGCUAAUCUUCGGGCUGUUUCUGCCUACGAUUGUGGUUGCUGCUUAUGUCCAUGAGGUACCGAGGUGCUCAGAUCCCUCCCUGGAGUAAUGGCACCUGCUGCUUGUACCGCCUCACUCUGCCUCGAUGUCUCCCGGGGAGAAUCCCUUCAGUCCGUACUUACAGCACCCAGCAUCAACCCAGCCCUCCUCCACCUACUAACCCGGUCCCUCAAAAGGAUAAGGGAGGAGUUGAGGUAGCGAAGGAGUAUGCCCUGGCAGUCUUAAAGCAUGUGGGUGAGUUAGGGAAACAGUGGGGUCAAAAGUCAGCUAAGACCGCCACAGCUACGGUCAACUACUGGUGGGAAAGGUAUGAGGAGUUUGUUGGCCUCAAUGAAGUCCGCGAUGCCCAAGCUAAGGUCAAUGAGGCUUACCUGCCCUGCCUGCAUCUGUGUGCAGACUGGCACCGCAUCAUCAAGUGCCAAGGCCGUACCUCCUUUCGGGGGAAAGAAUCGCACUUUCACAUAACGGGAGGAACAGCGAAAUGCCGAGAAGCUGUUGUAAUAGCAGCAUCAGAAGGUCUCCAACUAAAUCUCAGCCUAGAUCAGACGGCUGGCUGUUGUGCGGGGGCAACCAAGGAGAUUGGAUCAGCGUUGACCAGGAUGUGUAUGAGACACCGCAGCAUCGAGUCCAAACUCAAACUGUUCACUACAUCUCUGUCAGACUGUCUGAUAACUCCAUUAGAGCUGAAAAUAGAGGAGUGGAAGAAAGUCGCAAGCCAGCUGGACAAAGACCACGCUAAAGAGUAUAAGAAGGCUCGAGCAGACAUCAAGAAGAAGUCAUCAGACACUGUCAAACUACAGAAGAAGGUGAAGAAAGGGAAGGAUGAGGCACGGGGCCAACUGGACAGUGCGCUGCAGGAUGUUAAUGUACGUUACGCAGUCCUGGAGGAGACUGAGAAGAGAGCGGUGUGCAGAGCUCUAAUAGAGGAGAGGGCCAGAUACUGCAGCUUCGUCAGCAUGCUCAAACCUGUACUGGACCAUGAAAUCAGCAUGCUAGGAGAAGUGACCCACCUGCAGACUAUUCUAGAAGACCUGACCAACCUUACAGCUGACCCUACUAAACUACCACCAGCCAGUGAACAGGUGAUUCUGGACUUGAAAGGCUCUGAUUUUAGCUACACCUACCAGACUCCUCCCGCCUCUCCCAGCAACACGCUGUCCAGGAAGAGCAGCAUCAGCAGUAACUACCAGUCUAGCUCAGUAAGACAUGUCCCCUCCUUGGACUCCAUCAGCUGUGCUGUGGAUGGAAUACACAUGCAGCGCUGCUCCUCCCCAUAUCUGCUGAUUGGCACUGACGAAACUGGGCGGUCCCUCAGCGAGGGGAACUCUCCCUCUCGGCACAGUCGUCACGGCAGCCGUGGUCGCUGCGGUUACGUUGCCGGCCGUGCCCACCCUGCGCCGAGCCGCCACAUUAGCCGCAGGGAAAUGACAAGCGAUGCUCUGGGUUCCACCAAUCAGCUGGCUCCCUGGUCUGGAUCAGGGGGUGGAGAGAAUGGCUCUUUGGCGACCCCACAUAUUCCCUACACACACCACGGCGAGAGGGCCCGCGCAAUGUCAGCAUCGGCAAAGUCUUGUUCGGCCAGGGAGCAGUUAGCCCUGACAUUAGGGGUUGGACGGCUGAACUCAGACACUCAGCGGAGCAGCAGAGACUCCCUGCACUGUUCCAGUGGCUACAGCACCCAGACGACCACACCCUCCUGUUCUGAAGACACCAUACACUCACAUGUUGACUUGGAGUCUAUCUCUCUCCAUUGUGGCGAGGCAGACUCCAUCUCACUCCAUCAUGUCCAUCUUCAUGGCAAUAGCCAGUCGGAUUUCGACAAGUCAUCAACCAUCCCGAGGAACUCUGACCUCAGCUUCCAGUACAAGAAGCUUCUGCAGUCCAAACGACCUGCCUCCACCGUCAGCCUGCUGGCCGACGGCAGUCAGUCUGAGCUGAUUGGUGGGAGCCUCCGCCAGUCCCAGUCUCACACAGCGACCAUCAGGCGGAAACCAUCGUCCAAGCCAGCAUAUCGUAGAGGAACGAUAAGUGGAGGUGUCCCAAUCCCCAUCUGCACUCCCCAGGUCCCUCUCAAGGCAUUAGCAGGAGGAGGAGGAGGAGGAGGAGCCAACAGUGGAAGUGAUGAGAAUGUGUUUGUUAUUCCUUCUUCAGGAGGAGGCCAGGUAGUAGUAGGAGGUUUGGGUCACAGCAAGCUGUGCACCUCCACACAGAGCCUCAGCGCCUUGCCUCCUUCCUCCUCUACCUCCUGCUCAUCUUCUUCUUCAUCGCCAUACUACCAACUGGUCCCAGGCCAGAUGCCCAUCCCGGUGCCUGUGCCCACUGUGCCCUCCCUCCCAGCAGAGGGUGGCACUGCCAAACAGCAGCAUAACAACCUGCAGCCGCAGCAGCAACAGGGACAGUUACACACACAGCAACAACAGCAGCAGUUCAUAAACCAACAACUAAAUCAACAGCAACAAUUUCAGCAACAGCAACUCAACACACAUCAACAGCACUACCAGCAGUCUCAGCAGAUUCAACCACAGGUCAGUCAGCAGCAACUACAGCAACAGCUGCACCGGUCGCUGUCCCAGCAACCUCAAACACAACAGCAACACCAUCAUCAACAACAGUACCAGCAAAGGCAAUCAGUUGAACAACCAAACCAACUACAGCAACUACAAUCGCAUUUUAAACACCCGCAGCAACAAUUGCUGUCUCCACAACCCCAACACCAACAGUAUCAACAACAAAUUCAGUAUCAAGAACAACAAUACCAACAACACCAGAAACAACUGCUCCACCAGCCCGAUCACCAAUCUCAGCCCCAUCAUCCUGUUCCAGCUGCCCAAGGAGAGGGUGCUGAAGUGGGGCACAUCGCUCACAACCAGCCCCACGCUCCAUUCCUGACCCAGAACCCAAAUCCAGGGCAGCUGUCCAAGGACGAAGGAGGAGGAGCAGAUGGAGGAAGAGGAGCUAGAGAUAUGGCUAACAUGAUCAGAGGCGUAAAACUCCGAAGGACAGUGACAAAUGACCGCUCCGCCCCUCUCCUGCCCCCACCGACAAAUCACAAAUGACUGGCUCCAAUGCUGUUAAGCUUUUAGUUUAGGGGGGGAUGCCAAAAAAUGAGCGUGUGUAUAGAGAUUUACACCACUCAGACAAACCCAUCAGCCCAUGCGUAUAGCAUGUGACACACAAAUACACUUGCGCACACACACACACAAACACACAUUGUAUGUUGUUAAACAGACAGAUUGUGGCGCUUCAGAGCUGCACACAGACAUUUACACACAUCUGUCAGUGGACCUCAUUGUGUGUUACUUUUGAUUUUUUUCAAAGCUCUGCUUCCUCAUUGAUUCUUUAGAAUUCUGUUUUUAAUGUCGCUAAAUAGAAACAAACCCUUUCUUUUCUCUUUUUUUUGCCAUUAUUUGUGUUGUUUGCAUUUUAGUUAUGGAUAAGGUUUUGUUUGAGUUAGUCUUACCAGCUCAGAGUGUCCCGUAGCUUUGUGUCAACGGUUGAUUCGUUGUUAUUAUUAGAAUAUAUUUGCUGUUCAGGUGAUCCUAUGUGGGCUGUUAGUUAACCAGACAUGGACCAGUCAGCAAAUCAAAUGGUGUCUCCAAUCCAGAGACAUUUCAGUCACCAGAUGGGAGGGGUUAGCAAUUAUGGAGCAAAUCCAACUAGUCCUCCUCUGUAAUAUCACAAUAUUAUCAUAUUGCUGCAACCAAAAGGGUUAAGGACCGAGUAUCAUUGUUGUUCAGACCUGAAUAUUUUGUAAACUUUGCACUAUUCUAAGAAGUUAAAGCAUCCGCCUGCUCAAAACAGCGUUGGGAGUAUUUGGAGAUUGUAGGAAAACGAGGUGUCCUUGGGGAUUGAAGUGUUUGUCUUAUUUGCAUAUUGAGUUCAAGGUCAGUCUGACUCAUUCAGAUGACCUCCCGUGUCCAGAUGCUCUCAGCUUCUGCCGGGGGCUGUACCCGGUGACUGGUCAUCGGGGCUCUUCUCUAAUCCAUCUACGCCGCCCCUGUCAGACGCCACGCGGUGAUCCGGUCAACACCAGCCGUUGUGGAAAGGAGGUCAGAUGAUGCUGUGGGACCCGUGUCUCCUGCUGUGUAAACACCUUGCUCUGUUAAUACGAGCAUUAGGAGGACGUUGAUGCAUGGGUGACCUUCAGAGGCUGAGUUGUGGCGGUAGACGGAGUGGCAGCUGGGACAGAAAAGAAAUUGUUAACAUAGCAGGCUAUGAGGAACAAAAUCAUGAAAAAGAGUAGUUGGUUAAAUAGACCCGUCAUGGAAAAUUGAGAAAGCGUCUCCCCUGGUUUUGAGGAAUGUGCAGCCAUGUUUGAGUAUGGCGAACAAAAGGAAAGAUUGUUGAAACAAUACUGUCCCUUUAAACUUGUUUUUUUAACUCCUUUGUUUCGGUGCUGUCAGGCAGAAGGUGAUUAUUUAAGUCUUUUAGUGUUUUCAGUCUUCCAGUGUGGUGGAAGAUGCAUCUCAUAUCCUUUGGCAUCCACUCUCAAAAUACCAGAUGAUUUCUGGGUAACGUGGGUCUUUGUACUUGAUACUUAGUGAGGACAAGUUUGUGUUUGGAGUAGGGUGAGAAAUGACAGCAACCACACAGUCAUUUAUCAGCUUUUGGCUGUCAGAGUCCAGCCUCAGUUGAUUUGUACAGGUGACCAAGCCAUUACUUUAAAGUCAUAUCUUACUCUGCAAGUCCAACGAGAGACUGGCGGCAGGUUUCAGGACGCACCAGAUACUGUUUCCUGGAGACAAACGUUUCCGACCCUUGGCUGGAACCGGUUCAAAUGUUUAUAUUGAUAACGACAGAAGAAGAAAACGCCUUGUUAUAUCUGUUUUAGUUUAUUAUGUGAUCGAUGUAGCCGAGUGAUUGAUCGGACUGAAUAAGUAUGUAUAUAUUAGUGCGACUAUUCCCGGGAGAGAUCUCUAUAUUGUGUAUAAAUCUCGAUUGUAUUUUUUGUUGAUCAUUGACGAGUAGAGCAUAUUAAAGAGAUAUGGCACUGGCAUCAUUUCUGUCAACGUAUUUUUGUACAAAAUGUUUAAAAAAAAAAACCCGACCAGCCGACUGAUGAUCAGCUGUUCAACGGAUCAGCUGGGAGGAUACCUGCACGACUCCAGGGACUGUAAAACUGAUCUGAGCUCAGUGCUCUUCACUUCCACACAGAACGGACCGAAGAGCGACUACGUUCAGAUCUGAACAAAGGACUUUCUUCUUCUUUUUUUUUCCUUUUGAAAAGAGGAAGAUAUGGACAGAAUGUAGAAUGACAGUUGUUUUUUGUUUUUGUUUUUUCAUUGCUUAAAUCCACCAGGGGAUCAAUAAUAAUAAUACUUUGACAGCUGAUGGUUUGGAUGUUGUUUUUCCUCCGGUGUCGUACUGUCUUCUAAUGGCUUUGCUGCAUUCAAAUGAGAGGCCCACUGUUAAGGUGGGGUCUUCAGAGGAAUUGUAUUCAUCACUUGUAUCGUACGAAGAUGCGAGCCCAGUGUUGCAUUAUCAUCUCCACGUCGCUCUGUUGACCCAACAGGUGGCGAUUGUAAAUACUGAACGGUGUCCUCUUUUAGUAUCGCCAGAAUUACAGUGAGGACAUUAGGAAAAUGUAGCUGGUACUGCGUCAUCAGGCUGGUUAGCGAUAGAGUGACAUAGUGGAGUCUAUCUGGCUGACGCCGAAAACAGCUGUGACAAAAAGCUUCCCUUGCCUGACCUCUGGGGACGAAUGUUAACAACCAGUCCAUUUUCUGAAGCUCACCAUGUGAGCUGGUAUGAGGACCAAUGUAUGUCUCGGCUCCAGAGGAGACCCUUUAAGAUAAAAAUUAUGCAAAAGAUAAAGAAUAAAGACCCCCCCCCCCGACAGAGACACACACACACUGUGUUUCUGAUAUUCAGUGUAUACCCACUUGUCAGUUUCACCUCUUGCCUCCACGAUGAGAACAGUGCAUUUCUGUUGUGACACCGGUCCCUGUUAAAAAGACUCGGGCUGACUUGUGACUCCUCACACACUCGCGGAGUCGCACUCAAAACGCUCUCUUUCCAUCUCGCCCUGUCUUGUAUGUGCGUGAGCACUCGUGAAUAAAGCCUGUUUCUGCUCAAGGUCCUGACUGAUUCAAUUUCAGAGUGGUUCUUUGUGUGUGUGCGAGCGCCCUGCCCCACCCCACCCUCACCAAAAUUACACCCUAGGGAUGAUGGGUAAUUGCUGAAGAGCUUAAAUCCCAGUGAGUCUUUUGGCGGAGGGAAGAUCUUAUCGCAUCGCUGGUUCAUCGCUGCCUUCCCUGCACCGUGAGACUCACCAGUUCCCCUAAAAUGCCGG